AUAGUAGAGGAAGAGGGCGUAUCUUGUUAGCUGCUGUUUUUCUAGUUUUCUGUAUCAUGCUGUGAAGAUACUGUACUGUACAGAGCCUCUGGAUUAUUAUCAAGAAGAUGUCUGACUAUCUCACAAUAGCAGAUCUAGGAAAACUAUACAUAGCUACGUUUGAUGCUCGAAUCAAGUGGAGAAACUUCUUGCUGGUUCUUGAGGUAUCCUCUGAUACCAUCGACAGCAUUGGUACAAAAUGGCAAAACAAUCCUGAUGACUGCUAUCGUGAGGGUUUGAAAGAAUGGCUGAAAGGUGGUGAGAGAAGCUGGGAAGAUGUUGUCAAAGCUUUGUCAAGUCCUAUUGUGGGCCACGUUCACAUAGCCAGGACCAUCGAGAAAGAUCAUCUACAGUCUACUGAUGCAAGCAAUCCUACUGAUGUGAAGUCAGAGGUUGACCAAAAUCACCAGGAUAUCAAUGACGAUUUGACUGUUUUCCUAGACCAACGACUUGGUAAAGGUGCAUUUGGAGCAGUCUUCAAAGGCAGCUACAAGGGCGAGAUUUGUGCAGUCAAAGUGCUGCUUCACGACGCUAUGGAGAUGCAGGCAAGUAUUUCAAUCGGCAAAAACGAAGAAGCUAGCGAUGCAAUUGAUCGUGAAAGUGAUUUUCUCAAGUCGUUCCAGCACCCAAACGUUGUUCAGUUUUUGUCGACAGCCAAGCACCCCAAAUCAGGGAGUACAAUCCUUGUUGUUGAGCUGAUGGAUUGCAAUUUGAGAUCCUAUUUCUCCAGCCUUGAUGAAGAGUCCCUCACUAGCGAAUGUGAAAUUAGCCUCUCCAAUGACAUGGCUUGUGGUCUGGCCUACAUUCACAGCAAGCAGAUUAUCCACCGUGACCUCUGUGGUGAUAACGUCUUGCUGAAGCUUACACGACCAGUGCCUGUUGCAAAGAUAUCCGACUUUGGCAUGUCACGGCUAUACGAUCCCUCCAAGCUUAGCCACACCCUCACAGCCAUUGGUAACCGUAUGGGGUAUCUACCUCUCGAGGCUAUUCGAUUGGACAAGGAUAAUUACGAUAAUAGCUUGGAUGUGUUCUCUCUUGGGGCAAUUAUGAUGCAGAUUGUUUGCAAGCUGAAGACGAUCAAAUCUGUGGAAGAUCGAUCAUUCCAUGUUGCCCAGAUACCUCACACACACAGGUUGAGGAAGCUUAUCGACAGUUGUUUGCAAGAAGACAUGAGGAGGAGACCAUCUGCCAGGGACAUCUAUACUUACCUGACAACAAGCUCGGACCCAGUGGAGGCAACAAAGAAGGAGUCAAAGGACACUGAACAAGUCAAGAAGGCGCACAAGGAACAGACUGAGCACAAAGAUGCUGAGCUGGUCAGGAGAGACGCCAUCAUUCAACAGCAGAGACAGGGUCCCCCUCCCAGAGAGUUGAGACUUCCACUCACUCUGAAAUGGAGAAGAGGAAAAGACAUGCCAAUCAAGAUGGGUUCCACGGUACAGAGUGUUGUUAUCGGUGACACGGUGUAUGUUGGUGGAGGGCGUGCAGGCAAUGAUCGUGACAAGUGUACAGUGAUGAAGCUCGAGCAAGAUCAAUGGACCAAACUACCAGAGUACACUGCCAAGUGGUUCGCUAUGACAUCACUCGCUAAUCGACUAGUGCUGGUGGGAGGACAGGAUCCAAGAAACAACAAACGCACCAAUCAGCUUGCAGUUUUUGAAGCAGGGGAAUGGACUCACCCGUACCAACCAAUGAACAUUGCUCGUUGUUCCUCAGCAGCUGUCUCCUUCAACAACCACAUCAUUGUAGCUGGUGGGUAUGAUGAUAAAGGACGUACCUCCUCUGUGGAGGUGUUGGAUGUGGCAUCAAGAAGAUGGUACAUUGCUCAGUCACUACCUAACCCACGAUCAGAUCUGAAAUCGACUCUCAUAGGAAACACCCUCUUCCUAAUGGGAGGGUGGGAUCACACUGUGAGUAGUUCAACCAAGACAGUGCAUCACGCCGACCUCGAUGAACUCAUUGCAAAUGCCCUUUCCAACAUGGACACACCCACUCUCUGGCAGACCUUACAGGAAGUACCACUCGAGUGGUCAGCUCCUCUCAGUAUUGGGAGGUCACUAUUAGCCGUUGGUGGAGCGGACGACAGAUUCAACCCAAGUUCAUCGAUCCACCUCUACCAGCCUGACACCAGGAGGUGGGUGAAAGUGGGAGACCUGCCUACUGGACGAUACUACUGCACAUGCUCAGUACUUCCUAGUGGAGAGGUCAUUGUAGCCGGAGGACAGACAUAUUCAUUUGUUUAUAUUCAAACUGUUGAUUUCUUCUUUAUAAGUGCUAAUUAGUUAUUUUGUUAAUUGUUUCUCUUUAAUUGUGCGAUGAGUUUAUAACGAUAUUGUUUAUCAUGUUGAGAAAAUUAAGUUGCAACAGAAU